GCGUCGCUUGCAACUAAUACUGCAAUUAGAUUAUUCGAUCGUCUGGUUUGUGGGACGAUAAUUUCAUAUGCCUUCCUUUCGAGAUGAUCAUAUUCUUGUGAUAUCCCCCGGGUCGCAGGUCACUCUUGCGCAGCUAGGUUUACCUGAGUCAUUUACUCCCGCUAAGCUUCGUCUCGCGAGUCGCAUGUUUCCUGCAUUGGAAUCAGGGACAUGGACAUGGACCAAGGUUAGGGAGGCUCGCGAGGGUGAGAAGGAUCGAUUGCUUGCAACGGCGAUGGCUGGGCACGAUGACGACGACGAUGAUGACGAUGAUGAUGAGGAGGAUGACGAAGAGGAUGAUGAUGAAGAGGAAGUUGAGGAAGGCGAUGAGGCUACUGCUGCAGGGACUAGGCAUGAGGGCGGCAGUACAGAAGGGCCAAAGGCGUCGGAGUCCACGAUCAAGGAGGUAGUUAAUGCGGCCGCAGAAGACACCGCUAAGCUCGACAUCUCCGAGAAAAAAGUAGCUAAAACGGAAGAGGAAGGGGUGGCGAUUGUGAAGGACGAAGCGAAGCCGUCAGGCUCAGAAUUGAAGGUGGAGGACUCGGAGAUGAUGGAUGAGGGUGCGGUCUGGUGUAUGAAGGAGGGAAAGGUUGUUGACUGGGGAUGUUUUUUUGCGCUACUGCAACACGUCCACGAAACAAUCAACCCGACCUUUCAUACCCCAAUUCUUAUGCUCUGCCCCCCCGCUUUCACACCUAGCGAUAAAGAGAUGAUUACCCAGUUCGUGUUUGAAAAGUUGAAAGCCCCUGGUUUUGUACUUAUGGACAUGGCUCUAGCGACAUUGUGGGCCUACGGCCUGUCAACUUCUACGGUUAUUGAUGUUGGGCUCGAGAAGACGGAUGUCACACCCAUUUUGGAUUUCGCUAUCCAGGAGCGAGCCCGUGAGACAAUUCCCGGCUGGGGCGGAGAGUCAAUGACGAAACAUCUAAUGAAGUUACUCCCGGAAUUGAAAUAUGAGGAAGUCGAGCAGCUUAAACGAUCGCCAAUCUGCGAGAUAUUGCACUCCGGUAAUCUUUUGCCAAACGCGACUUCCGUGAACACCGCGAUUGCGGCGGGAAACGAUAAGAUGAAGAGGGCAGCAGAGAUGGAUGGAUCUGAUUUGAUUGAUGAGGAGGAAGGUACCAUGAACGUGGCUGCUAUCGUUGCCUCGGGAAAGACGCAUGAAUUUCUUGCGAAGAGGGAGAAAGAAAAGCGUGGGGAGGCCGAGCGGAAGUUACCCAACCGAGAGAGGGAGACAAAUAGUUUCUGGGUUGUGGAGAAGAAGAAACAUGGCGACGAGCCAACCUCAUCUUCGGCAAUGAUUUUGGAUGAACCACAAUCCGCUGUCUCGGUAUCAGCACCAAAGCUCCCAGAAGUUGUUGUGGGCACAGAAGCACCUCCGGCUAUUCCAGUUGCGACAGUGGCCGCAGAGACUCCAUCUGCCUCCACAGUACCGGCUCCGGAGGUGGUUCCUACAGAUGCCGCACCAAUCACCCCGGCCGCCCCAACCGCCCCAGCUGAUUCAACCGAUUCUGCUCCCACUGCCCCUCCUGUUGCUACCUCCACAGAUGAGGUGGCUGCUACAACUGCGGUAGCCCCCAUUCCACCCGUGACCACUGAGGCUGCUGCUGCUGCUGGGGGCGCGAUUGUAGAGAAGCCUGAGACAGAGGACUCUGCCCCUGAGCCUGCGAAGCCUGCCGAGAUUGUGGAGACUACUGUGGCUACGGAGGUGGUAGCUACUGUAGAAGCUACCAUUACCAAUACUACAGUAACUACUACGGCUACUACAGCUCCUCAAGUUACAGAUACCACAGUAACUGUCGCACAAGAAACUGAGGUUGCACCUCUUCCAGCUCCAGCUCCUGUCGUCUCAGAUGAAGAGGCACUUCGCAAACAAAGGGAAAAGGAAAGACGGAAGGAAGAGAAGAGGGCAGCGGCAGAGGGGCUUCCCAAGAUCGGCGAAGACGAAAUUCGUAGGGAGAUUCAAGUUGGCGUCGAGCGCUUUAUGGCCGCGGAAUGCGGGAUCUUGCAGGAACUCGCAGACUGCAUCUGGAGAUUAUGGGAAAGCCUCAUUCUUGUGGGAAACGGUUCCAAGAUUAGAGGUUUUAAGGACGCUCUACUUCAAACCAUUCAGAGCAAAUACAUCAUCCCACCUUCCUCCGCGACUAUCUUUUCUUCUGAAUUGCCUUCCAAUAUGUCUACCCCCGCCGCAACUGGAACAUCGACGCCCGUCCCACAAGCAGGCCCUUCCAGCCAUACCGGCGCUAACCCCCUUCUUGUCGCUGCGACUACCUCUAACCUCCCACUGCCUGCCAUUGGCCACCACGGACACCACUCCAGCCAUGGCCAGACGCCGACGAACAUUAAGUUUCCGCGUGCGCCAGAGUAUUUUCCCGAAUGGAAAGAUGCCGGAUUUGAGGAGGCGGCGUUUCUGGGAGCUCAGGUUGCAGCGAAGGUUUUGUUUAUUGUCGAUCAGGGUGCUAGUGGUGGGUUUAUGACGAGAGUGGAGUACAAUGAGGGUGGACCCGCGGCUAUUCAUAGUCUUUGAUUAUUUUUCAAAAUUUCCCUUAAAAGCGGUUCUUUAGAUGUACUUCUAGGAUGUACUGUAGCUAGCUAGCAGGUUCAAUGAACUUUUCGUAUUAUGCUGUGUUGA